GCGGGGGCGGGGCGGAGGAGGUUGCCUUGCGUGACGUUGCUGAAGGGUUCGGGCUGCUGCCGCCGCUGCCUGUUAUUGUUCCUGCUCGUGCGGGAUUGCCGCCUGCGGACGCUGAGCAGCUCGAGGGGGGGGAAGGGUCAGCUCGGUGGCCGCUAACGGUUUGGAACUCUCCGCAGCGCGAGCCCUGACAGCGGGGGUGGGGUGGAGCGCGCGUCACUGAGGAGGGAGAGACCGAGAGGCGGCGGGGACUGGGCGGCCAUGGCCUACGCGUAUCUCUUCAAAUAUAUCAUCAUUGGGGACACAGGUGUUGGGAAAUCAUGUUUAUUGUUACAAUUUACCGAUAAGAGGUUUCAACCAGUGCAUGACCUUACUAUUGGUGUAGAAUUUGGUGCUCGAAUGAUAACAAUUGAUGGAAAACAGAUAAAACUUCAGAUAUGGGAUACGGCAGGGCAAGAGUCCUUCCGCUCCAUCACAAGGUCAUACUACAGAGGGGCAGCAGGGGCUUUACUAGUAUAUGACAUUACAAGGAGAGACACUUUUAAUCACUUGACAACCUGGUUAGAAGAUGCUCGCCAGCAUUCCAAUUCCAACAUGGUCAUUAUGCUUAUUGGAAAUAAAAGUGACUUAGAAUCUAGAAGAGAAGUGAAAAAAGAAGAAGGUGAAGCAUUUGCACGAGAGCAUGGACUUAUUUUUAUGGAGACAUCUGCCAAAACUGCUUCUAAUGUUGAGGAGGCAUUUAUUAAUACAGCAAAAGAAAUCUAUGAGAAAAUCCAAGAAGGAGUCUUUGAUAUUAAUAAUGAGGCAAAUGGUAUUAAAAUUGGCCCUCAGCAUGCUGCUAGUAAUGCAACACUUGCAGGCAAUCAGGGAGGACAACAAGCUGGUGGAGGCUGCUGUUGAACCUAUUUUUACUUUCUAGCUGCCCAAAUGGGGCCCACUAACUUGUUCUUUCACCCUCCCCCCACUGCAGCUCAACUGAGACAUGAAACUAUUGUAAGUUGGUUUCAUGUGGCAGAAGAAGACUUUAUCCUUCAACUUCUUGUAUAACUUUGAAUAAAUGGUUAAUGUUCACUUAAAAGACAGAUUUUGGAGAUUGUAUUCAUAUCUAUUUACAUUUGAUUUCUAGUUCAGUUGAUGUGAUUAUUUUUGUUAAAUGUUGUCUUGUGCCCUUGACUACAAACUGAAUUGUAUUAAACACUACAAAGUCAUCUGAGUAUUUUAAUCAGUUUGUGUAGUUAGGUUUCCCAGCUACUGUGGUUACCUAAUGUUUAAUAUUGUAGAGCUGUCCAAGUUUUUGUCAAUUUUCAAGGCUAUAAAGAAAAGCAGAAGGACUCUUUUAAUUCUGUAUUUAUCAUUUACUUUCUGUAUAUAUAGUUUAAUAACCUGCUUGGGUGUAUUUGCCAAGCUAUAAUGCUUUAAUGCAUUUGCAUAAAGUCUAUACUAUUUAGAGCUUGAAAACUACAGAAACAUUAUCAGAAAUCGCUUGGAUGCUGAAUUUUAAACCUUUUUGACAUUGUUAGCAUGUUCAUCCUCUCCUGCCAUUAUCCUCAAGUCCAAGAAAAAUGCUUAAUGUAUAUUACUGGAAGCUACAUAUGUGUUAACUAUUUUAAUGCCAAAUGUUUGCUGUUUGUCCACAAUUUCCACAGCACCUCUUCAGAAAUGGAUAGUUGUUUGCCUUAAUGAAUACUGUAGGUAAAAACACAGUAUAAUGAAUGGAAAAUACAGGCGGAAUUGAUACCCUUUUAAAAUGGCACAUUAUGAACACUGUUGUUUUCUUUUUUUUCCUUGUUUACUGCUUGAUUUCUCAGUAUAUUUUUCAUGCAGGACAGUUUUUCAACCUAGUUGUACAGUGACUGUGUAAAGUUUUCUUUCAGUGGCAACUUGUAAUCCUAAAUAUAUGGUAAGCAUCUUGUCUGUUGUGAAAGGGGUGUGAUAAAAGCCAAAACUGGAAAUGCUUUGGUACUUUACUCAAUGUGGUGGUUUAUUUUAUUUUUUCUCACAAUGAAAUAGUUAACAGUGCAAAAUAAAAUUCUGUGUUUAAGUAUUUAAA